AUGACGGAGCUGUAUAUCCUGUUCGAGUGCUCUGCGGGAUACUUCCUGCUGAGGGUAAAGGAAUGGGAACAAAUAGGAAGCAACGAAAAUUUGGAGAAGAAAAUACAAAAGGCGGAUUUAUUUCACGAGAUUGUACAAUUGUGCUCUUUUAUAUCCUUCGAAACGGCUGAAAGGGCGCUGGAUAAUUUGGUCCACAUUAAUGAAGGGAAAGCGACCGAUUUUUUGCUAACCUUUUUGGAGCAAAAUCUGCCGAGCAAUAAAAGUCAAUACGAAUUGGGCGUGGCGGAUAUCAACUUGGGAAAGUACCUCUCCAAUAUUGGCUUCAACGUAGUACAUAAUAAUAACAUACUGGAAUUGUUCAGGGCGUGCAGACAAUUUUAUUUGAAAAAAAUUGGUACCUAUGUAGACAACAGUGGGGAUAUAGAUAUAAAGCACUUCAACAUUGGUUUGGGACAUAGCUACUCCAGGUCGAAGCUGAAGCUGGACCCAAGGAAACAGGACAAGUCCAUCAUCAACAGUAUUGGGACAAUUGAAUCGCUAGAUAAAAAUAUUAACUUGUUCAGCAUGAGGGUGAUCGAGUGGUACAGUUGGCAUUUUCCAGAACUGAAGAAAAUAGUCACCGAUGUGUGCAUGUAUUGUAAGUUGGUGAAUUUAAUAAAAAUUAAAGACGAGUUCAACUUCGACGAUGAGACGGAAAGAGAAAAAAUCACCGAAAUUACCAACGAUGAACAGAUGACCGAGAAAAUUGUAAAGGUAGCUAACCUUUCCAUUGGACAAGAACUAACCCAGGAGGAUCUAAACAACAUAAUAAAUUUUUCCAAUGAGGUUAUUAACCUAUUUAAUACUAGAAACGUGUUAUGGGAAUAUUUGGAUAAAAAGCUGAAUAUUGUUUCGCCAAAUUUGAAGGAGCUUCUUGGAAAUACGCUGAGUGCUCGCUUGAUUAGCCAUGCAGGCUCUCUCGUAAAUUUAGCGAAAUGCCCCUCCAGUAGUAUUCAAAUCUUCGGAUCGGAAAAGGCCCUGUUCAACUCCCUUAAGGGGAAUAAAAAGACGCCGAAAUUUGGCAUCCUCUACAACUCUUCUUACAUUUCUAAGACGCCUCUCCCCAUGAAGGGACGCAUGUCUAGGUAUCUGUCGUGUAAAAGUGCCAUGGCGGCUAGAAUUGACUCCUUCUCGGACCACCCCACCAACUCAUACGGGGUCAUAUUUAAGAAGCAGCUCGAGCACAAGAUCCUCCACAUGGUCAAGGGGGUGAAGCUCUCCAAAAAUAUCGACUACAUGAACGAGGCGGAACAGAUUUACAAUCAAGAGAUCGGCGCGGUGCCUGAUGGGGAAGAGGACCAAGAAGGCAAGAAGAAAAAGAAGAAAAAAAAGAAGAAGAAAAAAAAAAACAAGAAGAAGAACAAGGAGGGGGAAGGAGAAGAAGGUGCCGAUGUCAAUGGCGACCAGAAUGAGGAGGAAGACCAACCCGCUGUUGAGGUAAACCAAAGCGACGCCGACUCGGACAGCGACUGA